AUGAGAAGCAUAAAACAUGUAGUUAUUUUGGAGGAAAAUGUUAAACUAGGUUGUAAUUUUAAAUUACUUAAAAAGAGUGUCAUUAAAUUCAGUAGUAACAAUAUAUAUUUUUCUGUGCAUUCAUCAAUAAAUACCACUGAAUCUCUUCUGCAAGAGGUAAAAUUGAAAGCAUGUGUCAUAACAUUUUACAAUGGGGAUACUCAUGAAGAUUUUCUAAAUCAGGCGAACAAGAUAACAAACCACGGUGAGAAAAUAGCUUGGCUAAUAAUAUUAUUAUCAGGAGAAGACAACAUUUUGGAUACUUUGCAUUUGGCGGACUUCGGACUCGAUGCCGACGUGAUUAUCGCAGUAGGCACGAUGUGGGCACGUCCAAGUGCAGAUCGUCAGAUAUUAGGAAAUGUUAACACUGACUUAAACAAAACAAAAUCUGAAGAUAAUGACAAUUGUAUUAAAGAACAAUCUGAAGAACGUGCUUUCCUUUUUACACCUUUCAUUAAUAAUAAUUCACAGUCCUACGAAAUGAAGAAUUUUUGCAGUGGCAAUACAACAUAUCCAAGCUCAUAUUGUAUGCUUCAAAUUUAUAAAAUUCGAAAAUCUUAUAAUAACUCUCUUGUCGUGUGUUUUCUUGGACUGUGGACACUAAAAAAUGGCACUGCAAAUCUGAAACCCUUUCUACAUACUGAAAAAAGAAACAACUUAUACAAAUUCCCUUUAAUUAUCGGAGAAAAAAAUUCAAGUGAUGCACUCGCAAGUGAAAACGUUAUUGAAGACGACAGUGACGAUGCUGAUAUGCAAGAAUUCGUCAAAUACUUUUCAGCUAUAUUAAAUGCAAGUGAACGUAUUAUUACCUACUCUAAGUUAGGAAAUAAAAAUGCUGAUGGUGUGUGGAGUGACCUUUUUGGAGCUACAAUCAAUGAAGAAAUUGAUAUAGCUUUAGACAGUAUUAUUAAAACGCCAGAAAGGUACCGUGAUAUGGCGUUCUCACAUAACAUUAUGGAGUCGAGAAGGAGUAUCUAUAUUGAACCUAAACAAUCAAACGAACUUCGAGAUAUAUUUUUAAUUCCAUUUAGUUCAAAAUUAAUUUUAUGUGUGGUUGGGACUUGUGCUAUCUUAGCUGUUGUAAUGACUACUUACAAAAAAAUCAUGAAAGCUUUUAAGACCACGGAAAUAAAAAAUAAAGAUACUGGACUGUUGGAUUCGUUUGUGUGGAGCAUUGGUAUUGUCACUCAACAAGGAAGCAUUUGGAAGCCUGGUUCCUCUGCAGAGCAAAUCAUAAUUAUAGUCUAUUUAAUAUUCACACUUAUAAUCUACAAUUCUUAUUCAGCAUUCAUUACUUCUGUGUUGUCCAUAAAAUUGACUAACAUCCGUACCGUUGACGAUUUGCUGGACAGUGAUUAUGAAAUUGGAUAUGUUAAAAACAGUCAGGAUGAAAACUAUUUGAGGUCCAUGAACAUCACUCAGUUAAACGAAAUCUAUCUACGUGGCUAUCUCCACAACAAUAUCAGUAGCAUCACGGAAGGUUUGCUAAAAGCUGCCAAGGGAAAAUAUGGAUUUUUUGCCUCCAGUCAUGUCGCAAGGAGAGAAUUGCUUAUUAUUAGCAAUUAUAAAUGCAAAUACGAUAUUGCUGAAAUAACCAUAAAAGAUACAGUAAAUUACAUUGCAUUUCCAAUGUCGAAACGUUCAUCUUAUAGAAAACUAAUUAAUCUCAGCAUCAUCAAGAUGUAUGAAUCAGGAGUAUAUAAACGCAUUCACUCUCUCCUUUUUCCGGAACUAAAAGUUUGUGAAAAACCAGUGACGUAUCAGAGCGCGAGGCUACCGGAUUUAACAUCUGCAUUCGCAGUCUUAUUUCUGGGGAUCAUAUCUGGUGUUAUCAUAAUCAUUGGAGAAUGUUUUUGGAAAAGGAAAAGGAGCCUUUAUUUUUUCCUUAGGAAAAGUUUGUUUCAUCAUAGGCCAACAUGAAUUGGUUACAUACUCAUUAUUUAUUUAUUAGUUAAAUAUCUUUUUGGUAGUCGUAUAUUAGAAAAUUAUAUAUGAUUUAUGCA